CUCUUUCUUUCCUCAAUAUAGACCCUGCUAUCAAAGACAGCUUUUCCUUCACCUGGGGCAAAGGUCCCACCCAAAGGCUUCAGACAUCUGAGAUUUACUCCUGGUGCUGACUUGGAUGACUCUACUCAAGCUUCUCUUGUCAACAUUAAUCCCUUUACACCAGAAUCAUACCGACAAAUGCUCUUUCUUCCUAAUGGCAAGCGGAAAGCCAGAGAGAUAAGGAAUCCUGAUCUAAGAGGCCAGGUAAAACAGGAGCUACCUACCAAGAGGUGUCCUCUGAAAGACAGCAAUAUGGUUUCCCGCUACCAGAAGGAAUUCCUGGAACUGGAGAGGAUUGGUGUAGGGGAAUUUGGUUCUGUCUACAAAUGCAUCAAGCGCCUUGACGGAUGUGUUUAUGCCAUCAAACGCUCCAAGAGGCCUCUGGCAGGAUCCUCGGAUGAGCAGCUGGCAUUGCGUGAGGUUUAUGCUCAUGCGGUCCUUGGACACCACCCCCAUGUUGUGCGCUACUACUCAGCAUGGGCAGAAGAUGAUCACAUGAUUAUACAAAAUGAACACUGUAAUGGUGGGAGUCUCCAAGAUGUGCUUCUAGAAAAUGCAAAGCAUGGCCAGUAUUUCCCUGAAACAAAGCUGAAAGAAAUCUUGUUACAAGUCUCCAUGGGACUGAAAUACAUCCACAACUCUGGCCUUGUGCACUUGGAUAUCAAACCUAGUAAUAUCUUUAUCUGUCACAAGCUGGCAGUUGAGGGCCAAGCUGGGCAGGAAGAGAGUGACAGUGAUGAUGAGUUCUCUUCUGGUGUGAUGUAUAAGAUUGGUGAUCUUGGCCAUGUGACAUCAAUAGCAAACCCUCAAGUGGAGGAAGGAGACAGACGGUUCUUAGCCAAUGAAAUUUUGCAGGAGCAAUACUUCCAUUUGCCAAAGGCAGACAUCUUUGCCCUGGCGCUCACAACAGCUCUGGCAGCAGGUGCAGGACCACUGCCUCACAAUGGGGCCAUGUGGCACCACAUCCGCAAGGGCAAUAUCCCAUCAAUCCCUCAGAAGCUUCCCAAUGGCUUCAUUGAACUCCUCAAGCUCAUGAUCCAUCCUGACCCAAUGGAAAGACCCUCUGCCACAGCUCUUACUAAGCACCCAAUUCUCCGUCCUUCACUUGGAAAAGCUGUGCAGCUCCAGAAGCAGCUAAAUGUGGAGAAGUGUAAGACUGCCAUGCUGGAAAGGGAACUAAAAGCAGCUCGCCUUGCCCAGACCCUCAUGAAGGACCAGCCCUUAGGAAAUGCCAACUUACAGGAGUCUGAGACCUCUCCAAAGAAGAACAACAAGCGCCUGGUGGGAGGGAAGAGUUGUCGCUCAUUUAGCUUUACUGUGGGUUACUGAACUACUGUUAUUUGAAAGGCUCUUGCUGCUGAAUGACACUGAGAGCACAGGCUCUGCACAGACCAAUGUCCUAUGCUAGCUCUCCCUUGUAAAUUUUAUUUGUUCCCUCAUUAACUAUGGUGAGAUACUGGCUGAGGAAAGGAAAGAAUGAUUAGCUCUCAAGCCUAAGAUUUAUUUAAGAAUAUUUUCCUCAGUAUUGAUGUUUUCUUGUGUAACUGGUCGUCUUCUAGACUAAGAAUAGUUCUGCCACAGAAGAAAAAGGAUGGCAUUUUCUCUACUUCGCUUUGCUUAGAUGGGCACUGAUCUUUAUGUUCUUACCAUUGACCUCCUGUAUAUCUUUAGAAGGAAGACAGCAUGUCCUGCUGGUCCUUAGCAGUGAAGCAGUUGAAACAAUGGUAUAGUGUUAACUAUGUUUGGAGGCAGGCCUGUUACACAGCAGUCCUGGUGGACUUGGGAUGCAUUUGGAGCGGUAUUUCAUUGAGGGAGCAAAGAGUAAACUGCUUUUAGUUAAGGGGGCCCCACUGAUUGAGCUGAAGUUCUUUCCCCCCCUUAUCUUUGAGCAACGAGCUCAAUCACAGAGCUGAAGUGGCUGAGCUUUUGCAGACCAGACCCUGAAGCCUGGCGUGUGCUGAUAGGAAAGGACUUGGCAUCAAGUGGGGGUUGUACCUUCAGUAUGCAGGUAGGUGGCUCUGUGUGCCUAUGGGAAAUGGAAGCUUCUGGUAUCUUGCUCAUGGAGCAGCUCCACCUGCCUGAAAAAUCGGCUUUUAAGCAAUGGUGAGGGAAGCUAGAAAACAUUUAAGCUUUGGAAUUAUUAUUUUUUUCAGAGUUGCCUAUUUAAAGUGAAUAUUUUUAAGACAAUCUCAUCCCCCUGCUGAAUGUCGCAUUCUGGAUACUCGUUGGUUGUGUGUGUCUAGCAGAAAGCCAGAUACAAACGGCGUACUGCUACGAGGGAGAGCAUAAUGCUGCUGCCUUGCUUACUCUGAGUUUUACUCAAGUAGAGUUUGUGCUCAAGUGUUUGAGAGUACUGCUUUUUUAAAUUAUUAAAUCUUAUCCCCUUAAAAGCAAAAGGUGCAAAUAAAGAUUUUAACACUUGCUUUUAAUGUACUUUGCUUU